AAUUACGCAAAGCCGCCAUUUUGGCUACAUUUACUGAAUGGUGGUGAAAUAUUUUCAGUGGUUGUAAAUAAAGAACCCUUUCAAAUUAAAUCCUAGAUAAUAAUAGACAUACAAAAAUAACAUCAUACGAUGUCGGACCGAAAAAAAUCAUUAGAAGAACUCAGAGUUAUAGAUUUACGCGCGGAGUUAGAGAAGCGUAACCUAGAUAAAAGCGGCAUACGCAGCGUGUUAAUCCAGCGGCUAUCCAAGCAUUUACAAGAACAAGGGCAUGAUCCUGCAACUUACAAGUUUGAUUUGAGUGGCAGUGAUACGAAAACUCCAACCAAAAGGACUAGACGUACCGAAAGUUCUAUAGAGCCUGAGAACGAAGACUCUCCGGCAAUGGAAGACAUGAUAGUUCAAGACACAGCCGGGGAAGAUGAGGAACCAGAACAAUCUGAAGUUUCUCAAAAUGACGACGGCCCACAAGUAAAGGAAGAAAUUAUGGAGGUAGAAGAAAGUGAGAAGAUAAACCGAAAGCGGGAAAGUAAGGACGAGCCUGAGACAACGCAGGCUAAGAAACCGUGCUUGGACCCAACUAUAGAGGAUGAAACUGACAAGCAGGAAGAAGAUCACAAAGGUGAAAAUAAUACAGAUGCAGAAGACAGCAUUAAUUUAGACCUAGGUGAAGAUGAACUCCUUAAUGAAGAGACUGAUAACACUUCUAAAAUCAAGAAAGAUGAUGCGGUUCUGGACGACUCUACAGCAGCUGGAGACACCGAGACUACAGCAAAUGAAGAUGCCGUUCCUGACGAUGCACCUUCAACUGAAAAUCAACAAGUAACCUCCGAAGCAGCAGCCACUAGCAAUGAUGACGGUGACAAUAACGAAAAAGAUCAAAAAGAUGAUAAAGACAAAGAUGGGGAAACUGAUAAAAAAGAAAAGAAAGAUGAAACAAAAGAAGGUGGUGCUCGGAAUUUAUGGGUCAGUGGUUUGUCAGGGGACACUCGUGCUAAGGACUUGAAGCAAUUAUGCAGCAAACAUGGAAAGGUAAUUGGAGCAAAAGUAGUGACUAACGCCAGAACUCCAGGAUCACGGUGCUAUGGCUAUGUGACCAUGGCCAGUCCUCAAGAUGCUGAGAACUGCAUCAAAAAUUUACAUAGAACAGAGCUACAUGGGCGCAUGAUAUCUGUGGAGAAAGCUAAGUCCGAGUCUGAGUCGUCGUCGCGUCGUCAAGCGUCUGCCGUGCGACCGGAACGACGGCCUAGUAAAGAACAUAAAGAGGAGCCUAAAGAAAAUGAUGAAAACCAAGAAAGUGUUGAAAAACCGGGUGAACCGAAACCGAAGAAAGAUGGUGAUGUGUCCGGCGCCGAGAGCACUCGAUCAACAUCACGCACUAGGGAAAAAUCGCAUCGAUCUGAAAAGGAUGGAAAAGCUAGGCGCAGUACAAGAAGUCGAGAACGAAGACGGUCGCCUAAAGAAGUACUGUCGUUUUCCAAAAUAUGGAAGGAGCGCGACGUGGCGCGCGCCCGCGAGCGGUCGCGUGCGGCGCGCGAGGAGGAGCGGCGGCGCCGCGCGGCCGAGGACGCGCUGCGGGAGCGGGAGCGGCGGCAGCGGGAGGAGAAGCGCCGCCUCGCUAUCGAGCGGGAGAAGCUGCGCGCCGAGAGGGAAAAAAUCGAACGUGAAAAGAAUGAAUUGUUGCGGCUUGAACGUGAGCGUCACAGGCUGGAGAGGGAGAAAUUGGAGCUGGAGAGAUUGGAACUCAAGAGGGAACAAUUAAGGUUAGAGGAAGAGCGUCGCAAACGCGGCUACGAAGGCAGCUACCGCAAGGCGGGCUCCCCGCCCGAGCCCGCGUACGAGCGGGACGCACGGCACAAACGGGCACCACCGCCGCCAUUGGCGUCCCGCGGCAGUCAGUUCGAGGCGCCGCCGCCGCCGCGCUUCGACAUGUCGGCGAGCUACGAGCGCGCCGCCGACAAGCGGGACCGCGACCGCGACUACAAGCGCGACUAUCCGAGACACGUGUCCUCUGGUAACAUGAAAUACCCCAGCAAUGGCACAACCAAUGACGAUACAAGGCAACCGAUGCCACCAGGGACAAGGCCAAAGGAACCAAGCCGCACAUACGAGUCCCGCGACGCGCGCCAGUACCGGCCGUCGCCGCCGAGCAAGCCGGAGGCGCGCAACUGGAGCGCCUCCACCAGGUAUCCAGACGCGGCCGCACCCACUAAAGGUAGCGCAAGCAGCGAUCAGGCGUGGUCGGGCAGCGGUGAAGCGCGCUACGGCUCGUACGAAGCUCGCUACCCGCCCGCCUACCAGCCGCCGCCACCCGGCGCCGCUUACCCCGACCGCUACCCGCAGCCGAGGGACUACGCGCGCAAGUACUAGUGCACGAUUAGUUCCAAGAGCCGGCACACCACACACGGGAUCGCAUUGGACAUUUUUCAAAACUCAUCUUGGUGCAUUCCUGAAAGUACAACAAGAAUUAUACUUGGAAUGUGUAGUUGUUGAUAAGUAAAAUUUGUUAUACAAAAAUGUGUGUGAUUAUCUAGUUAAGAUAUAUUAAUAUUCUUUAGCAUUAAUUUGUUAUAAUUCAUAAUUACUAUUAUGACAGUAAAAUUAGGAUAAAACUUGUAAUAUAUUGGAUUAUGCGCACUUAAAAGGGUGAAUAAAUGAAUGCAUAAAACUAA